AUGAUCCAGAAAUGCGCAACCACGUUAGAAGACCUGGACAAUGCGACCAAGAAAUACCGUGAAGGCGCCAAAAUGCCUGAUGAUGCGGACGAAGCUGACGCUGGCCCAAGCCAGAAAAGAAGGAAGCUCCUGAGGCGCAAAAUCGCCUCCAACUGGGCGAAGAUUCUGUGGGAUAUAGAUAAAGACUCGUUGAAGAUAUACCGCGACAGGUUGCAAUCACACGUUGAUAAUCUCAACCUGGUUCUGAAUACCUUCCACUGGUCAGCGACAGAAAGGAUUCACGCCCAUAACAAGCUUCAGGAGGAAAGGAUGCAAGAAUUCCACGACAAGAUGGUGCAGUCGAAUUCUUCUCUUGGGCUUCUUGUAAAAGGCAUCCAUUCAGUGCUAUUGGAGCCAAAGCAGACAGCAUUCCCAUCGCUUUCGACGGACAUCAAGCCUGAGAUUGAGGGUCCUGGUGGAUGUACAGCCGAAACCUCCUCGACUGGAACGAACGAUCUUGCUUCAAUGGAAAAGAAAUCGAUUGCCGCUCAUCGUAUCUCCAUCGUCAUGCUCAACGCGAUAUCUACGAACGCGAUGGCAGACAUUGCAAUGCCUUUCGUUCCAGCUAGCUGCGCCGCUCGCGCUUAUAUGCGUCCUCCGGCUGCAUUAGAGGCCACAGAACAACCGUCUGACAUUAAGUUGGGAAAAACUCGAAAGGAGCUCCCACCUGAGAUUGUCUCUAUCAACAUAAAGCGUCAAAUUCAAGGUGCCAAGGCAUUGGCAGACCUCAAACAGAGCCUCGCUCCAAAACCCCGACCAUCUUUCUUGGAACCAGCUGUUCCGACUGUCGCGCAACUCGCAGAAGGUCUGGAUUUUCUCUUCAAUCCAUCGCCGCAAAGCAAUGGGCAGCAAUUCGAGAUCACAAGACAGACCCGUGUCAAAGAGGUUAGCUUAUGGAUCCAAUCAUUUGGUCAUCUGGUCGACUCUGUGGCGGCCGCUUGUGCCGAAUCUGUAGGUGGAAGCUCCAAGACGGCGGUGUUUGAGCAACGCAGCGACCUAAUUAGCCUCUUGUCAAACAUAAACGAGGCGAUUGAGAGCUCGAGUGCGAAUAUGAGGGAUAUGUUCUAUGAGGCAUGCUCUGCCAUGCACAUAGAUCAAGUCCUGGACAAACUUUUGUCCUUGACAAACUCUGUGAGAGGCAUGAAAGAGGUCGAAGAGUUUAUGGAAGAGAGGACGAAUUGGAUGGACGAGCACUGA